ACGCCUUUCAUGGGCUGAACGAACGACUGCCUCGAUCGAUCGGAAGACAAUGAGCUGAGUUUCCUUCCAAAGAGAGCUGACACUGGAAACCAUGAACGUGACAGUGGUGAAGGACUCCAACGUGUCUGAGCGGUGCCCCAGAGACCUGAAGACCGCACAGCUGGUGUUCCCGGCCGUCUACACCGUUGUUUUCUUCACGGGUAUCCUGCUGAACACUUUGGCCCUGUGGGUGUUCGUCCACAUUCCCAGCUCCUCCACCUUCGUUGUAUACCUCAAGAACACUCUGGUGGCUGACUUGAUAAUGACGCUCACGCUUCCAUUUAAAAUCCUCUCCGAUGCGCGGCUCGGACCCUGGCAGCUCAGAGCCUUCGUGUGUCGUUUUUCUGCCGUUAUCUUUUAUGAUACCAUGUACGUGGGCAUCACACUGCUGGGGCUCAUAGCCUUUGACAGGUUCCUCAAGAUCAUCAGACCUUUCGGAAAAUUCUUCGUACAAAAACCUGCUUUUGCCAAAGGGGUCUCAACCUUCAUCUGGCUCUUUCUGUUCCUCCUCUCGCUGCCAAACAUGAUCUUGAGCAACAAGGAAGCAACACCAUCUUCUGUGAAAAAGUGUGCCUCCUUAAAGGGUCCUCUGGGGCUGAAAUGGCAUGAAGCAGUGAAUUACAUUUCCCAGUUCAUCUUCUGGACUGUUUUUGUCCUAAUGCUUCUCUUCUAUACAGUCAUUGCAAAAAAGGUGUAUGAUUCUUACAGGAAGUCCAAGAGUAAGGACAGCAAGAACAACAAAAGGCUAGGAGGUAAAGUGUUUGUUGUCGUGGCUGUCUUCUUUCUGUGUUUCGCCCCGUUCCACUUCUCCAGAAUCCCAUAUACUCACAGUCAAACCAACAGUAAGACUGACUGUCAACUGCAAAAUCAACUGUUCCUAGCUAAGGAAACAACUCUCUUUCUGGCAGCAACUAACAUUUGCAUGGAUCCCUUAAUAUAUAUAUUCUUAUGUAAAAGAUUCACGGAGAGGAUACCGUGCAUGAAAGGGAGACAGACUGCAGCAUUCACUCAGGAAAAUCAGACGAGUCAGUCGGACAAUAUAACCCUAGGCUGAUAACUCUAUCAUGGUUAACUAUUUAUUGAUGAGACUUCAAAUGACAAUUUACUUGGAAAUCAAACCUAGGCGAUGAAAAAAAAAUGGAUUAGAACAAAAGUUUUGUUACUUUUUACUAUCCUGGUUUAUAGAAAGGAUCAUGUCAACUUUAAUUCCACUGCAAUCUAUCCGUAGCAGAAUAAAGCCUUAGUAGGAGGAAGCACAAUAGGAAGCAAAUGGUGGCCACCAGAGGUCACCUUUUCAAGAGCAUUCACUUCCACUUUGGAAAAGGUGUAUUUAUGGGGAAAUGUAUGUUUCUAAAAACACGUAUUCUUUUAAGUAUAAAAAAAUAUAUUCCUUCACUCUAAAUGCCUCUUCACAUUCUUUUGCACAUGUAAUUCAAACAACACUACUGCUUUUCUAUCCCACUUGCCCAUUUAAAAAACCAACAAGAAAAACAACCUGCAAGUCCUUUGGUGAAAACUGAAGCUGGAGGUUGAAACGGAUGCUAGAUGGAAAGCAUCUGGGGAGUAGGUCAGAACGCCCUUUGACACCAGAUGAAGGUGACUCUCCUUACAAUUACAAACGGCCUCGUCCCCAGCAUCCCUCUGCACCAUAGGAUGCACAAGCAGCAUCAUUAAGUCAUAUAAAAUACAGUAAUACAGCCUAAGUGUGUACAAUUCAGGAGCAAGAACACUGUAUUCUUAUUCUCUGGAAUCUUCCCUCUGCCCAGCAGAUACUCUAACGGCGGCUCAAUAUUCCACCUGUUCAGCAAAGCCUUCCAGCACCUCCAUGCUCUUUCCUCACACCUCUGGUUAAAACAACUACUUCUCCCACAUCUGGGCAGAAUCUCAAUGCAGAUUUCCUACAGUUAGCGGUAUUCCUGAAUGCACCCUCUAAUCAUGGUCAGGAUUCUUUAAGAAAGGCAACAUGUUUUAAAGACAGAAAAUAUGUCAUGUUUUCUUGGUAUCACCCAUGAUACUUUCAACAGAUAAUAAAUUACUGAUAUUUUAAAUAUAAUGUGUCAUUAUGCCAUUUCUUGGUAUGUUUAUAGAUAGAAAUGUUGACCCACAAUCAGUAAUAUCCAUACUGGGAAAUUUUUAGAGGAUGAUGACCUACUUGUACUUAUAUAUCUCUGCAUUUUCCCGAAUACCUUUGUGGUUAAAAAAAAAAAAAACUCAAAGUAUGUUCAUCUGCAAUAGUGGGUGCUGAUUUGUGCCUUCUAGAUAAAAUGUACAAAGGAGUACUCAUGCUCUGCCAGUAGCUCCAACACAACCAUCAGAAUGUGAAGCCCCCGUCUUCUUCCAUGGCCCCGAGACCCUAGAACGUGCCCGACCUUUCUAGCCUUUUCUCCUAACUUCUUCCAUCCCUGGAACUCUCUUAUAUAUGUUUAUAACUAUCAGAAAAUGCCAUGUUCCUAUUUUACCCCUGUGUCAAUGAACUUGUAAAUUUCCCUCUGACUCACCAAGAAAACGUUUACCCACCCAUGGAACUCUAAGUUGCCAUCACUCAGUCCAUGAAAUCUCAUCUGGCUCACCUCCCAGCAUCACCCCAAACCCGAUCACGCCCUCAUCUGUAUGUUGUCAUACCUCAAAUAUUGUAAUGAUCACACUGCUUUGUAAUUACUGAUUCACAGAUGUAUCUACUCUUUUAGUAACCUAUGUGCACUUUUGAGGGCAGAGAAUGUGGCCCAUUGUGCAAGCAAUAAAUAUUUGAUGAAAUAUACCACACCAAA